AUGAAACUCAAUGUGGAACUUGUGCCAUUGCUGCUCCUAUUUUUCAGUCUUUCUCUGUGUGAGAUGGCAUAUAUUUUCGAAGAGGAUGAUCUAGAGUUGGAAAGACAGGUCAGAACGAUGAACAAGCCAUCCAUCAAGACCUUUUCGACUAAAGAAGGAGACAAAAUUGAUUGUGUUGAUAUAAACAAACAACCAGCACUGGAUCAUCCUUUACUGAAGAAUCAUAAGGUUCAGACACAGCCGAAUCUACAUUUCACUAGCUUUUGUAGUACUUCUCCGGAUGCAAAAUCGGUAAAAUUUGGGCUGAGAGAACCUUGCCCCAGUGGAACAGUACCCAUUCGUCAAGUGGUUUCUCUAACAGACAACAUGGUAGAAAAUAUUAAAUAUGGAGGAGGUGGAAGUUUGACGUUCUUCAAUCUUACUGUUGCUCAUGACCAACUCAGUGCACAUAGUUUGUGGAUUGAAACUGGUCCCCCCGAGCAUAUUAGCAUGAUUGUAGCCGGUUGGAUGGUUUCUCCACAGUUAUUUCGCGAUAAUCGUCCUAGGCUGUUCACAUAUUGGACAGGUGAUGGAUAUCGCAAUGGAUGCUACAAUGUACUAUGUCCGGGUUUUGUCCAGGUGGAUAGGGAAGUAACCCCUGGUCAUCCACUAGAACCUGCUUCUACUUAUGGUGGACGUCUAUUUGAGCUUAAUUUCCAUAUUGAACAGGAUAGAAGUACUGGGAAUUGGUGGCUGAUUGGGGGCGAUGGCGAUCAAGCGAUUAAAGUAGGCUACUGGCCAAAGGAGCUGUUCCUGUAUUUGCGCAAUGGCUCACUACAUACAGCUUGGGGAGGAAUUGGCAUAGCUGGAAGCAACGGAUUUUGUCCACCGAUGGGAAGUGGUCACAGGCCAGAUGGUGUUCUCAGCCAUGCUGCCGUCUUUCGAAGACUCUAUUGGAUUCGCUCAGAUGGAAAAUUCCUACCUCCUUCAGAUAAGACGACAGUGUGGGUGGAUAGAUCCAAUGUUUACGGUUUGAUGAACUUUCAUCGUGUUAGAAAAUGUCGAAUGGGCUACAUGAUUAGCUUUGGAGGUCCAGGAGGCUACUGCAGGGUAUAG